GGCUGAGCCCAGUCCUGCACGGAGAGAGCAUCCUGCUGCAGCCCUGGGCUCUGGCUGGGGUGGCCGUGGUCACACUGGGUGUCACCAGGCUCUGGUGUGGCCCCAGCCAUGCUCUGGUACCAGCUGAGCCCCGCUGUGGGCAGGGGUAAGCUCAGCCAGGGCCCUGCUCCUGCUGCCCUCCGCCAGACCCGUCCCUGGAGCAGCAUCCGUGGCACAGAAAUUGAAGCCAAGAAAGCGUGUGACUGGCUGCGGGCAGCGGGGUUCCCCCAGUAUGCCCAGCUGUACGAAGAGUCGUCAUUCCCUCUUGACAUCAGUGCUGUGAAGAAGGACCACAGCUUCCUGGACCAGGAUUCCCUCAAAUCCCUGUGCAGGAGGCUGAUGACCCUGAACACCUGUGCCUCCAUGAAGCUGGAUGUUCACUUUCAGCGUAAACAGAAUGAAGACUCUGAGGAGGAAGUCGACUUUGCCAUCAGCACCCGGUGGUCCUACCAGAGGGACAGCAAAAGGUGGUCACGGGUGGGGUCCGCCGAUGUCGUGUCCCAGGGCUCGGGGGCCCUGAGCUGCACCAUGCACCCGGUGUCCAGCCGUGAGAGCGUCCUCACAGACCUCAGCACCAACCCCGAGGCCACGUCCCUGCACAGCACGGGCAGUGUGGGCAGCGUGGGUGGCACGGGCGGCACGCUGGGCAAUGCAGCUGUGCCAUCCCAGCCCCUGUCCCCCCUCCGUGCCGCUGCCACCGCCUCCAGCUGCAGCCAGAGCGAGGGCUCUGCCCCAGAGCAGCCCUCGGGCCAGGGAGAGACCUCUAAGGAGAAGCUGAAGAAGCGACGGUCUCGAAGCUUCCUGAAGCGGAUCGAGUCCCUGCGGAGGAAGGACAAGGAGAAACCCAGCCCAGACGGCAGGGUGGCUCCGCACAGCAGCGCCACUCUCCCGCCAGGAUGGGGCUCUCUGAAGGAUGAUGAGGACCUUGCAGCCACCCGGACCAACUCCUCUAAAAGAGGGACACCUGCCUCUUUCCACAGCAAAAAACACUUCUUCUCGGUAUCAUACAGGACUAACCGCCUGCUCGGCCCCGGGGGCACCAAGGGCAGCUCUGACCCCAAACGCGGUGGAGUUUAUUUGGAGGAUUACGACACAGACACAGCCCCUGCCGCCGGCUGUGCCUGGGCUGCUGCCGAGUGCCAGCGCCGGGCUCGCCAUGGCGAUUGCCUGGUCUAUAUCCCCUGUGACCACAAGCCCGGCACCUUCCCCAAAUCCCUGUCCAUCGAGAGCUUGUGUCCCCUGGCCGGCAGUUCCCUGACGCACUGGAGCGCCGGGAGCGCGGCCGUGGGGCUGGGCGGGGGCGGCAGCGGCAGCAGCGUGGAGGGCUCGUCCUCCCCGAGGGGCUUCGCCCGCCGGCGCCGGGGCUCCUGCAGCUCCCUGGGCAGCCGCGUCAGCGUCUACGACAACGUGCCGGACUUCGGCAGCAGCGAGGAUUUCUGCAAGGACGGGGAGGUUGACUUCAAGAACCUCGACGACAUCCUGCAGCAGAUGGGGAUGCUGCAGAAGAAGGUGGAGCUCUGGUGUAAAGCCGUCUCCCCUGGCCUGGAUGGAGAGGAAGGGGGCGACGAAGAGGAGGAUGAGGAGGAGUCGGACUCGGGAGGGGAACCCUCCAACCUGCAUUUCGAAGAACAGUCCAUGUCAGAUGUUGGCACCUCUGCCAGUGACUUUGAUAGCACUGGGAACUCCCUCAAUGAGGCUGAAGAGAUCGAGACACGGGAGCGCCGGGAUUCGGGGGUAGGAGCAUCCCUCACGAGACCCUGCAGUUUGGCUGUGCUGGAGGGUGAUGUGGCAGUAACCAUGAAGGACUGGAGUGCAGUGGGAGUUUCUUCAGCUGGGAAUGUCCCGUGUGUCCCCAGAAAGCUGCGUUGGCACAGCUUCCAGAACUCGCACCGGCCCAGCCUGAACUCAGCCUCGCUGGAGAUCAACCGCCAGUCCUCAGCCCAGCUCAACCUGCUCCAGAAGUGCUCCCUGCUCCGGCUCACAGCCAUCAUGGAGAAGUACUCUGUGCCCCACAAGCAGGCCUGGACGUGGACUGUCCCCAAGUUCAUGAAGCGCAGUAAAGUCCCUGACUACAGGGACAAGAUGGUUUUUGGGGUGCCACCCAUCGUCAACGUGCAGCGGACGGGGCAGCCCCUGCCCCAGAGCAUCCAACAGGCCAUGCGCUACUUGCGCAGCCAGUGCCUGGACCAGGUUGGCAUUUUCCGCAAGUCUGGAGUGAAGUCCCGGAUCCAGGCGCUCCGGCACAUGAACGAGACCAGCCCUGAGCACGUGGACUACUCGGGCCAGUCAGCGUACGACGUGGCCGACCUGCUGAAGCAAUACUUCCGCGACCUGCCCGAGCCCAUCUUCACCAGCAAGCUGACCGACACCUUCCUGCAGAUCUACCAGUUUGUGUCCAAGGAGCAGCGGCUGCAGGCGGUGCAGGCCACCAUCAUCCUCAUGCCGGACGAGAACAGGGAGGUGCUGCAGACCCUGCUCUACUUCCUGAGCGACAUCGCCUCGGCCGAGGAGAACCAGAUGACGGCUGGGAACCUGGCUGUGUGCCUGGCCCCCUCCAUCUUCCACCUCAAUGUGUCCAAGAAGGAAAGCACAUCGCCCAGGGCCAUACACAAGAGGGGCACCAUGGGGAAGCCAGACCAGAAGGACCUCAAUGAGAACAUGGCUGCCACGCAGGGGCUCUCCCACAUGAUCAGCGACUGCAAGAAGCUCUUCCAGGUCUCCCAUGACAUCUUGCUGCAGCUGAGCAGCUCCUAUAUGGCUGCAGAUGCUUAUCCCCACCCCCUGGCUGACUUGGUGUGUCAGGGGGAGAGCAAGGAUUUACACUCCUACUUUGAGCAGAGUGUCCAGAACCUGCUCAAAGAGUUGUCAGAGAAAUUCAAGGGAUGGCUGAGCACGCCAGGGCCCCUGAACACGGAGCUGUCCUGCAAAAAGGUUGGGGACGGGAACCCUCUGCGCCUGUGGAAGGUCUCCACGGAUGUCGAGGCCCCUCCUGCCACGGUGCUGCACCGGGUGCUGCGGGAGCGUCACCUGUGGGACGAGGACCUGCUGCAGAGCAGGGUGGUGGAGGCUCUGGACAAGGACAUGGAGGUGUACCACUACGUGACAGACAGCAUGGCCCCGCACCCGCGCAGGGACUGCAUGGUGCUCCGGCGCUGGCGCACGGACCUGCCACGGGGAGCCUGCCUGCUCAGCUCCCUCUCGGUGGAGCACGACAAGGUGCCAGUGGAGGGAGGUGUCAAGGCCAUCGUGCUGACGUCCCAGUACCUCAUCGAGCCCGGCGCCAUGGGCCGCUCCCGGGUCACUCACAUCUGCAGGGCUGACCUCAGGGGUCGGUCUCCCGAGUGGUAUAACAGGGUCUUUGGCCACCUCUGUGCCAUGGAGCUGGCGAGGAUCCGAGACUCCUUCCCAGCCCUGAGUCCCAUCGGCCCCGAGACAAAGAUUUGAGGCACCAGGAAGAUGCUCUGUCCUUUCAGACGUGGACUUGCCAUUGGAUCCGGACUGGGGCUCUCAGCAGGAAGCACGGUGUGGUGCAGUGCCCGUGGAGGGAGACAGAGGCACAUAUUUAUAAACAUCCUUUCACCCCAGGCUGGGCAGUCCCGUGCCGCAGCCCAGGUGCUGCAGGGCAGGGUGGCCACAGAGGAAAAGCCGUGGUGUCCCACAGGAGAAGUGGGGGAGCAGAGGGAAAGAGUGGCCAUGGGGUGACCCCUGAAUGCAGCCUGUGGCAGGAGCUGGGGCCCCCACACAAGCCAGGAGCAGCAGCAGGGGUGAAGGAGCGUGGAGUGAGGCGGGAGGAGCGAGCAGGGAAAGCGGGGCCGUGUCCGCAGGUCG